ACGGCGGAUCUCAAUGGCUCCGGAGCAGGAUCUAGAUCUCCGAUGGGGGAUCGAGGUCAUCUACUGCCUCCGGCGAUGGGGAUUCAAGGUUCGGAGGUUGUGAUUACGAAAGAGGGUGACCAAGGUUCGGUGAUUAGAAACUCGGUGACGGUGGGAAAAGGAGAAUCUUUGGGAUCGGAGAUGAAGAAACAAAAUCUAUCAGCGCCUUCGACAGAAACGUUGGAAGGUAGUCAGUCUAUUCCGAUUAACUCGGAUCUGAAAACGGGGGAGUGGAUUAACGCGGUUAAAGGGAAGAAUAUUUUGAAGAAAUAUGAGAUGAAAAUUCAAAUGGAAGAUGGUGUGGGAUCUGUGAGUGUGCCGGAUGAAGUUUUCAAGGAUGCUGCUCCUUUGUGGGAAGAUUUUCUAAUUGGAAGAUUUUUGGAUAAAGCUCCGCAUAUAGGCAAGGUUCAUGCGAUUGUCAAUAAGAUUUGGGCGCAAAGUGACAAGUCGCAGAUGAUUGAUGUUUACGUGAUUAACUCCACAACAAUGAAGUUCAAAGUGAGUAAUCCAGUCACGAGGAACAUGAUUGUACGAAGAGCAAUGUGGAACAUUGCUGAAGUUCCAGUUAUCAUGGCGAAAUGGUCUCCAUUAAUAGAAGAUAUUGAGCAGGAAACACAUUCAAUACCUCUCUGGGUCCACUUGAAGAAUGUACCAAUGGAUAUGUUCUCCUGGAAGGGCUUAAGUUUUGUGACAAGUCCGGUUGGUAUACCUGCGAGAUUACAUCCGGAAACUGAGCAAUGCAUAUAUCUGAAGAUUGCUAAGGUGUUUGUCAAAGCUGAUUUGUCGAAAGAGUUACCAAAAUCAAUGAACUUCACAUUUCAGGGGAAUAAAACUCGGGUGGAAUAUACUUAUCUGUGGCUCCCAUCAAAAUGUACUCAUUGUGGCAAAUGGAGACAUCUUAUGCGAGCUUUUAGGAAGGAAGAAGGAAGAGAGUGA